CCGAAACCAAACAGCCAGUUUUCAAAGUCUCUUUUUGGUGCCCCCUCCUCUUCCUCUUCUGCCGGCCACCGCCUCAUUCAGCAAAGCCACUUGCUGUGCGCUUCCCCCGAAAAAUUCGACCAGGGUACAUUUGCCCUGUUGGCAAAGGCCGGUCUUAUUUCGACAGUUCCUAGGGGCAUAUCGGAGACUUUACACUUAUUCCUCGCAACUUACGUCGUGAGACGUACGAUCACCUCACUUAUGCUGGGACGCAACGUUUGUCUAGCAGCAUUAAUCGCCGUCGCGGUGCAGGUAACGGCGGUGAACGCUGCAACGGCUGCGUCUUCGAUCUGCAGCAAAGUCGAGGAAUGCUACGUGAACGGGUCGUCGUCUAAGGUUUGCGACCGUACGGAGAAGAAAUGCAACCGAUGCCUGGGUGAGAGGGAGGCCGACUCGAUGUGGGAAAAUAUCGGAGCCUGGACCGAGUACAACUGCUACGCUUACGACGACGAUGGGGAAUGUCCUAAAGGCACGACUCAGUGUCCUGCAACGCUGACGACGUCGGACGACGAUGAAGAGAGCAGUGCAGGGUCGGAGGAAGCAGGAACGUCGGAGGAGAGCUCGAAAUCGACCUCAACCUCUAGCUCUACCAAGAAAAAGAAGUCCUCGUCUUCUUCAUCCGACGAUUCGUCCAAAUCGAGCAGCACUUCUACUAAGAAGAAAAAGAAGACCUCGUCGUCUUCAAGUGACUCGGGCAGCGACGACAGCUCGUCCAAGACAAAGAAACCCACGACCAAGAAGACCACAAAGCCGGCUACCAAGUCUUCGUCGAGCAGCGAUAGUUCGUCUGGAGAUUCCUCCAGCGACUCAACCAGCGACUCCUCUAGCUCAUCUGGAUCCGAUUCCUCCUCUGCUUCUGCAUCAAACUCGACGUUGCAAACCUCACUUGAGAGUUCUGCGUCGAAGGACGAGCACCCGAAGACGAGCAGUGUGAGCGCCACUGUUGCUCCCAUCACCAAGUCGUCGACAACCACGCAGUCCACGACGGCGGAAUCGACCUCCGACAACUCGAAGUCGUCCAACACGCAAAGCGCCAGCUCUGGGUCUAGCGGGAGCAAAUGGGGCUUGAUUGCCGGCAUUGUAGGCGGCACGUGUGUGCUGGUAGCCGUGGCAGGUUUCGUCGUCUGGAAGAAGAAGCAGGACGACGAGGACUCGGACGACGAGGACGCAGCAUUCUCGCCCAACAAACCGGCCGCCAACCGUAACAUGUCUGCACUGCCGUCCGCAUCCUCAGCGACCACAGCGUACACAGCUCAGUCUAACAACUACAACAACAACUACGGCAACAAGUACGAAAGUCAUUACGACACCAACUACAGCAGCAACUACAGCAGCAACUACGGCGAGAGUGGAUACAGCAACAACUACACGGCGACGCAGUACGCUGCCGGUGCCGGCACGGUGCCUGUCAGCUACGGCAGUCCGGCCUCGAUCGAUAUCGAUGACGACAGCCACAUUCGUCGCACGGACAGCAUUCUGGGCGGCACGGGCGUCAUGUCCAGCACCACAUCGAGCGAGCAGACCCCGUUCGAGUUCAGCGGCGGCCCCAGUCCGGCCAACCAGGACGUGUGGGGCAACGAGGCCAACAGCUUCCGCGACAAGCGCACGGCCAGCAACGUGUCCGUGGAGUUCUAGGUUAUGGUAUUGCUAACUCCGCUAAGACAGUGCGUGUUUUGUCUAUGACGUACUAGACCUCCUAAUGAAUGUCAUGAUCCGUGUCAAUUGAGCUCUAGGAGUCC